AUGUUUCGCUCAGCGUGUAGCCCGUCGGCUGAGGAGGCAAAGCAGGGCAAAAGGGAAGGCAAGGGUCAUGUCUCUGGUUUUCCUUCAUCUGACCCACCUGAAGGCACUGAAAUGGGGAGCCAACCCCUGGAGACCUCGACCGAUCAGAGUCAAUCACUCAAAAGCUGUGAGUUCUCAGCCGUCCAAUCAAACUCAAGGCUAGAGCUAUUAGUCCCGCCCCCACUCAAGAGCAGGAAAAAGCACAAACCUAAAAUGGAGCCUUCCAUCAUCUAUGCUCCAGUCCUCCCUAGUGUAGCUAUUGGCAACCAUGGGCUUGAACCUGACUCUGAGUGCGUCCCUCCCACAGACAACACUCAAGCAAAUCUGAGAUCAGAUCUAAAGCAGAUCUCUGUGUCGCAUACCAGUUCUGACCUGUCCCUGAGUCAUUCCCCCUCCAUGCACUCCCCUUACUCUCCCUCCACAGUGCACAUCAAUAGACAGCCCCUCCCAGUCACACACGGCUCUUACCUCUGCUGCAGCCCUGUGGCACAGGUCUACGACCCAUACCCAACCCGUAUUAGACCCACAAAGCGUAGACAAUGCCGGAGAAAGGACCUAAGGGGCCUAAAGCUCACCGUAAAAGGAGUCUCCCCUCUCUCCAUGCGACACAAGAGGCACUCACGGCGCUGGUGUAACAUCCAGUUCUGGUGCCAGGCGUGGCGGAAGUGGGGGCACAGGAAGUGGCGGAGAGCCAGGUGUCUCCUCUGGGUCUCCAUGAUCAGAGCUAAAAGACUGGAGAAAACCAGGAGGUUCCUCCUGUCUAUUGCGAACACACAGACGUCAAAUAAAUACACUGGGGAAUUGGAGGGAAGCCAGAAAUGGAAGAAGGUAGGAGAGGGAAGAGAAGUGGUCACUACUGCCAUUGGAUGUGAUGGUCAAGGCCUGGACAGUGCAGAGGACAGCCAGGCAAGUUCAAAUUGCAUUACACCAACAUAGCAGUCAAUACAAAGUCCAUGAGCACAUAUCAAGUCCAUUUAUAUGCUCAGGCCUAUCCAAAAACAUGUAUAAAUCAAUAAAAGGACAAUACAAGGGACCUAUACUGACAGCAAUAACAUCUAAAAUAGCUAAAUACAGUUUACUUAUUCAGGCAAAGGGGUGCUCGGACCAGAAGGUGUGUCUGUCUGUGGGCACAUCAGUUCUGUGUGGCAACCCUGUCGAGGAGGAGGACCAGGGCAUAGUCAGAGCUGGGGAUGACCCCCCCUAGUCAUUGCGACAAACAGACUCCAAUAAUACACCUGGAGCAGGGAGCCAAUGAAGAAGUGGAGAGGAAACGAAGUAUCAUGUACUGUCCUUAAUGUAAAUGGUCCUAAGGCCUGGAGUGCCAAGUCUCCUCGAAGUUCAAAUUGCUUCAUUGAAUACAAUUUCAGUCAAUACAAAGCUAUGAGCACUACAAGAGCUUUAUAUGCCUCAGGGCAAUCCAAAAACAUGGUUUAGAUCACUUAAAAUACAAUACAGGGACCUACUGGACAGCACAUGCACAUCCUCCAUAGCUAAAUACGUUCUUAUUUUCAGCCCAACUCUAGAGAUCUCGUACCGAGGUUUCAGUCACCUUGCACAAUCAGUUCUGUGUUGGCAACCCUUCGAGAGGAACCGUCUGUAGGUUUCAGCCCACCGCUCCUAAAUCACCGUUGGCGUACCAACCACCUUCCUAAAUCCACCGUCCUGUGGGUUCACCCACCCUCUUCCUAGAGAUCUAGCUGAGGUAGCCAACACACUCAUCCUGGAUCUCCGUCUUGUUUUCACUCAACUUUAAAAAUUGUCCUUAGGCUGUUGAGUCCAAUGCUUCUUUCUCCGUCCGUAGAGUUUCUUCCCCUGCUUCUAGUGAACGUCGAGGUUUCAUCCAUAGCGCGCUGUCCUGAGGCUACCUCCUAGGUUCAGUCUGACCUCCUUCCUAAGGAAUACAACAGUCUGUACAGGUUUUAGUCCCACCUCCUUAGAUUACCAUAUGAGUUUAGUAGCCCUACUUUAGAAACUAGUCAGGCUGCCCAACCCUCCUUCCUAGAGAUCUACCGUCCUGUAGGGUUUUCAGUCCGAACGCCUCUUCCUAGAGAUCGAACCCGUCCUGUAGGUUUUCAGUCCUACCCCUCUUCCCUAGAGAUUCUACCGUCCUGUAGUGUUUUCAGUCCUACCCUCUUCUAGAGAUUCUAACGUCCCUGUUUCAGUCCAACCCUCUUCCUAGAGAUCUAACCGUCGCCUGUAGGUUUUCAGUCCAACUGUAAAUUUAGCACACCUGAUUCUAUUUAUUAUCUGUUUAUUCUCUGCUCACCAAGCUGAAUCAGGUAUUUUAGGUUAGGGUUGGACUGAAAACCUACAGGACUAUAGAUCUCCAGGAAGAGGGUUGGACUGCCCUGCUCUAGGCCCUAGCUAUAUCUUAUAUCUCUGGCUCUGGACAACUCUAGACCCUAGGUAUAACCUAUAACUAAGGCCCCUCCUGUUGAGGUCACAUGGUCAAGGAAAAACACAGGGCUCUAGGAAUUAUGAGGCUCUCUACUAAACAACAAAACAAUGUUCUGUUCUGCCCUCUUUCAUAGGAAGUCUUUCAUCUCUGCAGUAGUAAUGAAGUACCAGGCUGUCCUAGCGCAUAGACUGAUGCCCGCUUUCCGAGUGGUCUACAACAAGCACGCUCUGACUCUGGAAGAUUUGUCUACGCUGGACCAUCAGAACUGGCUCAAUGACCAGGUUGGUGCCUUUGACCCAAAUCAACCAAUUUCACCAUGAUAGAUGUCCAUAGAUCGAUAUAUAUCCAUAGACGAUAUACUGUAUGUCCGUAGACUGAUAUAUAGUGAUAUAAACAGUCCUGAAUCAGUCAUGAAUAAUGUUGAGUGAGAAAGUUAGACGCACAAAAAUCAUACCCCCAAGACAUGCUAACCUCUCACCAUUACAAUAACAGGGGAUGUUAGCAUUGUUUUGGGGGUAUGAUAUUUGUAUUUUUGUGCAUUUAACUUUCUCACUCAUCCUUAUUCACGAUUCAUUCAGGAUUAUCCUUAAUAAUGUUAGCAUUCACAUUAAUGUAGAAGUGUUUAGAAACAUAUUCUAUUCUUAUUUACAAUAAAAGUGACUCCACAAUGACACUACAUUAUUUACCAUUCAGUUCUAAUGGGCACAUAAUUAUCUGAAACACAACCAAAACAAACAGCAAAUGCAUCCAACAAGUUUGUAGAGUCACAAGCUUGAUGUAAUCAUUGCUUGCUAGGAAUAUGGGACCAAAUACUAAACUUUUAACUAUAAUACACAUAAGUGAAUUUGUCCCAAUACUUUUGUUCCCUUAAAAUGGGGCGAUAUGUACUAAAAGUGCUGUAAUUUCUAAACGGUUAAUGACAAUACCCUCAAAUUAUAUUUAGCCAUUGUAUCAUUUCAAAUUCAAGGUGCUAGAGUACAGAGCCAAAACAACAAAAUGUGUCACUGUUCCAAUACUUUUGGAGCGCACUGUUGUUGGAGUUUUGUUCUGACCACGUGACCUGAUCAAGAAAAACUGAAGUCCCGUUCAUGUGGUCAGGAUCAGAAAAGCUUCUUGGCCCUGCGUAGUCUGGUGCGUAGUCUGGUGCGUAGUCUGGUGCGUAGUCUGGUGCGUAGUCUGGUGCGUAGUCUGGUGCUAGUCUGGUGCUAUCCGUGCGUAGUCGGUGCGUAGUCCUGGUGCGUAGUCCUGGUGCGUAGUCUGUGCGUAGUCUGGCUGCUGUGCAGUCCGGUGCGUAGUCCUAGGUCUAGCGUAGUCUGGUGCGUAGUCUGUGUGCGUAGUCUGGUGCGUAGUCUGGUGCGUAGUCUGGUGCGUAGUCUGGUGCGUAGUCUGGUGCGUAGUCUGGUGCGUAGUCUGGUGCGUAGUCUGGUGCGUAGUCUGUGCGUAGUCUAGUGCGUAGUCUGGUGCGUAGUCUGUGCGUAGUCUGGUGCGUAGUCUGUGCGUAGUCGGUGCGUAGUCUGGUGCGUAGUCUGUGCGUAGUCUGGUGCGUAGUCUAGUGCUGUGGCUAGUCUGGUAGUCUGUCGUAGUCUGUGCGUAGUCUGGUGCGUAGUCUGAGUGCGUAGUCUAGUGCGUAGUCCUAGUGCGUAGUCUGUGCGUAGUCUAGUGCGUAGUCUGGUGCGUAGUCUGGUGCGUAGUCCUGGUGCGUAGUCUGUGCGUAGUCUGGUGCGUAGUCUGGUGCGUAGUCUGGUGCGUAGUCUGUGCGUAGUCUGGUGCGUAGUCUGGUGCGUAGUCUGGUGCGUAGUCCGGUGCGUAGUCUAGUGCGUAGUCCGGUGCGUAGUCUGGUGCGUAGUCUGGUGCGUAGUCUGGUGCGUAGUCUGGUGCGUAGUCCGGUGCGUAGUCCGGUGCGUAGUCCGGUGCGUAGUCUGUGCGUAGUCUGGUGCGUAGUCUGGUGCGUAGUCCGGUGCGUAGUCGGUGCGUAGUCGUGCGUAGUCUGGUGCGUAGUCUGGUGCGUAGUCUGGUGCGUAGUCUGUGCGUAGUCUGGUGCGUAGUCUGUGGCGUAGUCCGGUGCGUAGUCUGGUGCGUAGUCUGGUGCGUAGUCUAGUGCGUAGUCUGGUGCGUAGUCCGGUGCGUAGUCUAGUGCGUAGUCCGGUGCGUAGUCUAGUGCGUAGUCUAGUGCGUAGUCUGGUGCGUAGUCUGGUGCGUAGUCCGGUGCGUAGUCUGGUGCGUAGUCUGGUGCGUAGUCUGGUGCGUAGUCUGGUGCGUAGUCUGGUGCGUAGUCUGGUGCGUAGUCUGGCGCGUAGUCUGGUGCGUAGUCUGGUGCGUAGUCUGGCGCGUAGUCUGGCGCGUAGUCUGGUGCGUAGUCUGGUGCGUAGUCCGGUGCGUAGUCUGGUGCGUCAUCAGUCCAAAGUUAACUUGCUCAAUGUGAUGUACAUAUGUUGUGUGACCCUGUUUGAACUUAUUUUGUGGUUUACUCUUGAAGGUCAUGAAUAUGUAUGGAGAAUUAAUCAUGGAGUCUGCACAACACAAGGUAGGUUUUUAUUUCCCAUUAUAUUUCCUCAAUUCUAUCAAGAAAUAUUCAUAAUGUAUUAUAAUGACGUAUUACAUUAUAAUAAUGUAAUAAUGAGUCUGAUCACAGAGGUGUAGAAAUUCUACAAUAGCCUGAGUCAUGAUGCAAUGGGAGCAACUUUUGACUGUCGUCCCUCCAUUUGAUGCAUGUGGUCUUGGUUCCUGAAUGUGAUAUUUUUAUUUUUUUACUUGUCUAGGUCCAUUUCUUUAACAGCUUCUUCCACCGACAGCUCAUGACCAAAGGAUAUGAAGGGGUGAAGAGGUGGACCAAGAAGGUAAAUGCUGAACCUGAGAUUGUGAAACUUUGUUUUGACCUUUCGGAUGUCACCCAAAAGCUUCUGAUAAUUAUUGGCGAUGGGGUCAAUUCUAUUUCAAUUCAGGAGAUUCAUUGUGAUGUAAAUCAAAUUUCAAUUCACUUUCCUGAAUUGAUGGAAAUGGAAUUGACCCCAACUCGGACCAGGGUGGUUCAUUUUUGCUUUCCAUUGCAAAACGUUUUCUAAAAUGUUCCGUAUUCUAAUGAACACGACCCCUGUUUCAUGCCGUACAAACCGUUUUCUACCCUACUGAACACAUCCCUGGCUUCUGGUCCCCUGUGUCCUGCAGGUGGAUCUCUUCUCCAAGGCUCUGCUGCUGGUGCCCAUCCACCUGGAGAUCCACUGGUGCCUGGUGACGGUCGACACCGCCAGCAAGAGGAUCCACCUCUACGACUCCCAGGGCAUCGUGUUCAAGGAAGCUGCCGAGGUAACGUUGACAGAACUUUUAGUGAUUUAACCUUUGUUUAUACAGGUUAUUCUCAUUGAGAUCAAAUCUCUGUCACAGAAGAGACCUCACAACUGAUGCUUCCUUACACCAGCUUCUGUGUGUCAGAUCUCAUUGGUGGUAGGAAGACUCAAGCAUAUUUUAGUAGGAUGAACAUGAAAAUGCUUUGUUUUAUUUUUGCUAUGACGUGCUACUGUGGAUAAAUAUCUCACUUGACUGAAAGGAAUGAUUUAAUUUCAUCCAUACCCUUGCCCUGAACAUUGUGGAAUGGCUUAACCAGUAGUGAAUGUGUCCAUAUUCAAUACAGAAUACACAUUCCAGGGGUGUAAACGUUGAAACAAAAUUGGGAUCCUUAACAUUUAAGAAAAAUCCUUAACUGAAAAAUUAGUUUUUUUUUGUUUUUUUCCGCCACAGAAUUAAAAUCACAGUGCAUUUUUCACAAAACAUAUUAUUUUCCGUGUUAUAGCCUAACUAGACUAUAUGGCUAUAAAGACCUGGGGAAAGUUGAAAUAAAAACAAGAAAGGAAGAGGCGAACUUUAGGCUACUUUGGUGAAUUUGCGAGGCAUGCAAGACAAGAUAUUGCGAGAUACAGACAUAUCCGCACGGUACUGCCUACCCCUCCUCUCCCUCCCUCACGUUGGCCUGCCUGCCCCCUCCUCUCUCUCCCUCACGCUGGCCUGCCUGCCCCCCUCCUCUCUCUCCCUCACGCUGGCCUGCCUGCCCCCUCCUCUCUCUCCCUCACGCUGGCCUGCCUGCCCCCUCCUCUCUCUCCCUCACGCUGGCCUGCCUGCCCCUCCUCUCUCCCUCACCUGGCCUGCCUGCCCCCUCCUCUCUCUCCCUUCACCUGGCCUGCCUGCCCCCUCCUCUCUCUCCCUCACACUGGCCUGCCUGCUCCCCUCCUCUCUCUCCUCACACUGGCCUGCCUGCUCCCUCUCUCUCUCCCUCACACUGGCCUGCCUGCCCCCUCCUCUCUCUCCCUCACGCUGGCCUGCCUGCCCCCUCCUCUCUCUCCCUCACGCUGGCCUGCCUGCCCCCCCUCUCUCCCUCACCUGGCCUCCUGCCCCCUCCUCUCUCCCUCACCUGGCCUGCCUGCCCCCUCCUCUCUCUCCCUCACGCUGGCCUGCCUGCCCCCUCCUCUCUCUCCCUCACGCUGGCCUGCCUGCCCCCUCCUCUCUCUCCCUCACGCUGGCCUGCCUGCCCCCUCCUCUCUCUCCCUCACGCUGGCCUGCCUGCCCCCUCCUCUCUCUCCCUCACGCUGGCCUGCCUUGCCCCUCCUCUCUCUCCCUCACGCUGGCCUGCCUGCCCCCUCCUCUCUCUCCCUCACGCUGGCCUGCCUUCCCCCUCCUCUCUCUCCCUCACGCUGGCCUGCCUGCCUGCCCCCUCCUCUCUCUCCCUCACGCUGGCCUGCCUGCCUGCCCCCUCCUCUCUCUCCCUCACGCUGGCCUGCCUGCCUCCCCCUCCUCUCUCUCCCUCACGCUGGCCUGCCUGCCCCCCUCUCUCUCCCUCACGCUGGCCUGCCUGCCCCCUCCUCUUCUCUAGUGAUGCCAGUGUGUGUUCAGUCUUCGGACUGUUGCAUGUGGAAUAUCCUAGCCUAUUCAUUAAUGACAGGCCCUGCUUUACUUUAGUGAGACAUUGCUAGCCAAGAAAUUGCGAGAUAACAAGGUCUAGUGCACGGUUCUGACUCUGUUUGCCUGGUGGCCGACCUGCCUAUACUGUGCCCCUCCCCUCUCUCUCCGUCGCUCGCUAUGACAGAUGCAAGUGUUUGUUCUCGGAAGUAAGGUAACUAAUCAGUCUCCUCCAUUCCAAAAAUACCAAUCUUAGGAGUCGAUUCCUAGCGGAAUCGAAUCUUAACACAAAUAAAUGGGCGUUGACAUGCAGGAGUCGAGGAAGCAAUUCUUUUGGAGUCGACUCUCCACCACUACAGUAGGAAAAAUGGCAGAGAAAGGCCAGCGACAGCAGCCAGGUCCUGUAUGGCAAUGCUUUGACAAGUUAAAUGAGAAGGUGGGGAAAUGCAAACUUUGCGAGGGGGAAUCGAGGUACAGUAAUGGUAGUACAGGUGCAAUGCUUAACCAUCCGAAAGGGACGCACCGUGAGACCCAAGCUGUUGCUGGCAGCAGCGCAGUUGCAUUGUGAAUUCAUGUGGAAUGUUAUGAAUUUUCUUAGCGUUGGAAAACAAUAAAAACAUUGCUGUUUAAAAGUUUUGUCACAUCCCUAAUACAUUCAUAUUUAAUCAUAGCUUAAUUAAGUUGUUACUUGCUACGUAAGAUUUCACAGACUGACUUUACACAAUCAAAUCCAAUUUCCAAUCAGCAAGAUGCUAUUUCACCUGAUUUAGCAUAGAAGAAAUCAACAUUUCUCUUGUCCCCCCCCCCCCCCCCCCCCCUUUCCAUUCUAUAGAAUGUGUUAAGGUACAUAAAGACGGAAGCGAGGGAGAGGAUGCAAACUGCAUUUCAAAGUGGCUGGAAGAUGUAUAUCAACGAGGUAUGAUGCAUUGAGCUAUGUGUGUGUGGAUCUUUGAAAUCGUGAGUUUGAAUGUUUGCUUGAUUAUUUUUUUAACACAAUAGAACAAAAUACUUUAAGGGAUUGCCUGCAGAAAUCCUGCCAAACAUGCCAUUGAAAUGUAGCCCAUGAUGAUCACUGUUUUGGGUGUAUGUCUCUCUCUAUUGAUUUUUUUGCAGCGAAUACCACAACAGACAAAUGAAAACGACUGUGGAGUUUUUGUGUUAGAGGUACCAGCAUGUUUUCAUAAUCCUUGAUUAAUUGAAUGGUCUACUUUUAUCAUCAUGUACCUCUGUGUCAGUGCAGUCUUAAUAAAGUAUUACUUUCUGUCUCACUCACUCACACCACCCUGUUCAUUCAUGUACCUUUCUCUCAGUACUGCAGGUGCCUUGCUUUGGGGAAACCACUGCAAUUCUCCCAAGGGGACAUGCCGACGGUGCGUAAGAGAAUCUACAGAGAGCUCUGUGAAUGCAAGCUCCAGGAAUUACAAAAUUGACCUUUCACCUUUUCCUUUACACUCCUCCUCCGAAACCAUCCUCACGCACCUCACCGGGGUCAUAGUCAUUAGAGUACACUUAAAAAAAAGUAGAGAUUGUCCUGUCUUUCAAGAAUCCUUGAGCCAUAGAAAGGGGGGGGGG